AUGACCCCUUUACAGGCAAUUAAUGUUGAUAAAUCACUUUCUCAAACACAUGAUUUUGAAUCAUUAGAAAAGAUUAAAUCGGUUACUUCACGUGAGUUGGAAUUUGUUUCUUAUAAAGAUGCACUUAUUCAAUGGGGCAUAUGUAAGAAUAAAGAUGAAUUGGAUCCUAGCGACACAAAAAUUGCCUCGGACGGUGGUCCGUUAAGGCAUUUGUCAGGAAAUGAUGAAAAACAAUUUUUAAAAAAUUCGGAAAAUGUGUACAUGGAACUGGUGGACUAUGACGACAGUGUAGAAUUUGUUUUUGAUGAGUUUGCUUCUUCUUGUUCUAAUGGAAUUAUUGUAACCGAAAAUGAUCGGGAAAUAGAUGUUAAGAUUGAUUUGGAGGAUUAUAAUAUCAAUUUUCAAGUUUGCAAUAGAACCCUAGCAAUUUUUGGAUCUAUAAAGCCAAUAGUGGACUUAGAUAUCGUUGGCUCUUCUUUUACGCAUUUCACGCAUUCGAGCUCUGAAAUCAUUAGUCCCGAUUUAUCAUUCAUGGGUGGACGCAGAUACCAAUCAUUUUGUCAUCCAGUCAGAUUACCUCCAGAUGUUAACACUAACAAGAUUUUUUCAACAUACAUCGAUGGAAAAAUGCACAUUAAAGUUCCAAAGAAUGAUUCUGAUAUAAUUAUAUAA